AUGAUCAGAAUAACAACAACAACCACAACAAUGAAAGAUUAUAAUCAUUUCUAUGAUAAAGAUAUGGAGUAUUUGAAAGUCUUUGGAAAUGGUGGUGCAGGAAAGAGUACAAUUUGCAAUACUUUAGUCAGAGAAGUGUAUUUCCCAAGUGGUGUUGCUGUUGGAUCUGGUUUAACAAGAGAGUUUAAAACGAAAACCUUUGGUAAUUUAACGGUUUCAGAUUCUCCAGGAUUAUUAGAUCCAAUUAUUAUGCAGUUGGCCAUCCAAGAGAUAGAAAAGUCAUUGAAAGCAAACCCUGUUUGUAAAAUAGUAUUUGUGAUCGCUUUGGAAGCUGGUAGAGUCAAAGAUCAAGAUAUCGAUUGUAUCAAUCAGAUCUUGAGAGCAAUCAUCAACAAUACACCUAUAUCAUAUGGUUUGAUCAUCAAUAAAGUGACACCACCAAUUGCCAAGUUGUUAAAAUCUACACCAACUACAUUGGAUGCCGCUCUUCACCGAUUGAUAAAGAAACCUUCACAUCAAUUGAUCUUAGAGAAAGAGGAAUCGAUUGAAGAUCAAGAUAAUAUGAUGAUGAAUACCGUCGUCAGAGCAGGUCUAUUAAACUUCAUCGGUAAACUACCAAAAAACGAUAUCAUAGCGAAAAACAUUCGUAUUGAAAGAGAGAGAGAAAGACAAGAGAGAGAAACAAAAGAAAGAGAAGAGAGACUAAGAAAAAUAAAAAUGGCACAAGAAGAGGCAGCACGUCAGAAGCGAAUAGCCGAAGAGAACAACCGAAGGAUACAACAAAUAGAAGUUCAACAAGUUAGAUUACACAAACAUCAACAGUGGCAAAGAACAAAAGAAGCUAAGCUAAGUCAAUUGUAUUUACAACAACAAAGAGAAAUGCAACAACAGAUCGACGCAGAACGACUUCGCUACAGCCAAUAUCGAUAA